AUGACCAUUGCUCUUCCAGGAGUGGACGGUUCAACUGCUUAUAACUAUGCAGUACGCCAGCGGAACGUCUUUCGUACAGUCUUCACUGCUAAUGUGUUCCAUAUCAGCUUAACGCAUUGGUUUUUAAUGUUUUGCUGGUUGAAUCUCAUGUGGAGAUAUUAUUUCAAUCAUUACAAGGAUCUGUACAAGUAUAAUAGACUAAUAGCAUCUCAAUUGUCUAAUUGCAUGCUAUUUGGGCUGUCUGAUAUACUUGCACAAUGCAUUACGUGCUAUUUUUCUAGGGAGAUGGACCCAGUGCCUCGAAUAAUAGAUGAGACGGUCCAGAAUUUGAUACCUUAUAAUGUAAUGCCACUUCCUGGGGGUAUAUUUGAAGCCAAUGAAGAGUUACUAGACUCUGACAAUGAUGAUAAUUUGUCUGUGUUCAAUGACUAUGGUGAGUAUGAUAAUAGCAACGACGAGAUAGAAUACAAUCAUACUGAGAAAGUGGCCACUUUUCACUUUAGAAGAUGGUUAGGGUUUAUGGGAUGGGGAGGUUUCAUUUCUUUUUUCCAGGUGCCAUGGUAUAUUAUCUUAAACACAAUAUAUACUGAAGAUCCUACGGUAGUUCAGGUCCUUGAGCGGGUUCUCACUGACCAAUUGUUAUACUCGCCGGUAUCCCUAUACUUCUUCUUUAUGUACUCCAAUUAUGUGAUAGAGCAAGGUGACAGAUACACUUUUAGUAUGAAGAUAAGAAGGCUAUAUGUAACCACCCUGGGAUGUAACUAUAUGAUUUGGCCUAUGAUGCAAUUCAUCAACUUUUUAGUCAUACCUAAGCACUAUCAGGUGCCCUUCAGCAGUUCCGUAGGUGUGGUAUGGAACUGCUUCUUAUCUAUGAGAAAUGCAGCAAAAUAA